AUGUCAUCCUCAGAAGAGAUUGAGUGCCUAGCUGAUAGUGGCACCACACACACUAUUUUAAGAAAUAGUCAAUUAUUUGUUGACUUAAUUCCUUAUAAAUCCUCUGUGACUACGAUGAUUGGAUCAUCACAAGUGAUCAUUGGGCGAAGUAAUGCUCAAUUUUUGUUUCCAAAUGGCACAAUGAUGAAAGUCACAGAAGCUUUAUAUGCACCAAGAGCUAACCGUACCUUGUUGAGCUUCAAAGAUAUCCUUGCAAAUGGUUAUCACUUGGAAACUCACUGUGAAAAUGGAAUUGAAUAUAUAAAUAUUAUCUCUAAUACAUGUGGAAGAAAACGCAUUUUAGAGAAAUUAACGAGUCACUUUAGUGGUUUGUACACUACUACUAUUCGGAUUAUCGAAUCACAUGUUGUUACCAACGAUGAACUGUUGAACAGUGACUUAUACAAGCUUUGGCGCGAUCGCUUGGGGCACCCAGGUCGUGAUAUGAUGAUCCGUGUUUUAAAGAACUCAUACGGACAUCCUUUCUUUUGCGUGAAAAGUAAAAUGAGACAAAAGACAGUUACAAUGCAAAGUAACAACGUCUGCCAGUCACUUCCAUCUAAAGCAACUGAUGAGAAACCUCUCUCUCAUUCUACUUCGUGGAGUUUUUCAAAAGCACACCACUCAUUUUGCAAAGCUUGUUCUUUAGCAAAGACAGGAGCGAGACCAUCCUAUGCUAAAGAUACAAAGCAAAACAUUCCAUUUUUACAAAGAAUACAAGGUGAUAUUUAUGGACCUAUACAUCCAGAAUCCGGACCAUUCAGGUAUUUUAUGGUUUUGGUAGAUGCUUCGACCCGUUGGUCACAUGUCGCAGUAUUGUCCACAAUAAAUGCUGCCUUCGCAAAGCUCCUAGCACAAGUUAUAUGUUUGAGGGAUCACCACCCUGAUCACCCAAUAAAGUCUAUCAGACUUGAUAAUGCUGGAGAAUUUACAUCUAAAGGAUUUGAUAAUUUCUGUAUGUCAAUCGGAAUUGACGUAGAGCACCCCGUACCCCAUAAUGUGGAAAACUCAAUGCCUGAUGCAUUCACUGAUAUUGCUAAAGUGACGAGAUCACACAUACCAGCUGCAAACGUGCCUGCAAGGUUAUAA